GAAUGCUCCAACAUAUAACAAUUAAAAGUUCGUUGGGGUGGUUGUAUCAACUAUCCCCUAUCUCUUCACCCUUUAUAACAUUGCUAUCUUCCAUAAUUUUUCAUCACAUUCAUUUCUUCCUUUUUUUUGUUCACAUUUACACAUUCUUAGCCAAAACACAUCAUAUGCUAUACACACCCCUCUUCCUAAAUUCAUCACUUGAGAAAAAUAUAUUUAUUUUCAUCCAUUUUUAGUAUUCUUUGUCCCCUCCUUUAUAUAAUCAAUUCCGUAGAAAAAUUUCUAAGAGUUCUAUAAUCAUGGAAGAUCAACAAAAUCAAACAGCUACACAUGAAAGAAGAAAACUUCCAAAUUUUCUUGUAUCUGUUAGACUCAAAUAUGUGAAACUUGGUUACCAUUACUUAAUUUCAAAAGCUAUGUACCUUUUUCUCAUACCACUUUUUGGAGCAGCUUCAGCUCAUUUAUCAACUAUAUCAUAUCAUGAUAUUAUUCAACUAUAUGAAAAUCUCAAAUUUAAUCUUGUAUCAGUAACAUUAUGUACUAGUCUUAUGGUAUUUCUUGUCACACUUUAUUUCAUGAGUAGACCAAGAGGUGUUUAUUUGGUUGAUUUUGCAUGUUAUAAACCAAAACAAGAAUAUACAUGUACUAGAGAAAUUUUCAUGAAUAGGUCUGAAUUAACAGGUACUUUUUCAGAUGAAAAUUUAGCUUUUCAGAAAAAGAUUAUUGAAAGGUCUGGUUUAGGACAAAAGACAUAUUUACCCCCAGCAAUAUUAAGUGUUCCACCAAAUCCUUGUAUGGCUGAAGCUAGGAAAGAGGCAGAGGAAGUUAUGUUUGGUGCUAUUGAUGAACUUUUGGAGAAAACUGGUAUUAAGGCUAAAGAUAUUGGGAUUUUGGUUGUUAAUUGUAGUUUGUUUAAUCCUACACCUUCUCUUUCUGCUAUGAUUGUUAAUCAUUAUAAGUUAAGAGGGAAUGUUCAAAGUUAUAAUCUUGGUGGUAUGGGUUGUAGUGCUGGACUUAUCUCUAUUGAUCUUGCCAAACAGCUCCUUCAGGUUCAUCCAAACUCUUAUGCCUUAGUGGUAAGCAUGGAAAACAUCACACUCAACUGGUAUUUUGGCAACAACAGAUCAAUGUUAGUCUCAAAUUGUCUCUUUAGAAUGGGAGGAUCUGCAAUUCUCCUCUCCAACAAACCAUCAGACAGCAGAAGAGCCAAAUACCAACUUAUCCACACCGUCCGCACACAUAAAGGCGCGGACAACAAAUCCUACGGCUGCGUCUUUCAAGAAGAAGACGAAAAGAAAUCAGUUGGUGUAUCACUCUCAAAAGAUUUAAUGGCAGUCGCCGGAGAAGCACUCAAAACCAACAUCACAACACUUGGUCCAUUAGUCCUACCUAUGUCAGAACAACUCUUAUUUUUCGCAACUUUGGUUGCAAGAAAAGCUUUCAAGAUGAAGAUCAAACCAUACAUUCCUGAUUUUAAGUUAGCUUUUGAGCAUUUUUGUAUUCAUGCCGGUGGAAGAGCUGUUUUAGAUGAAUUGGAGAAAAAUCUUGACCUUAGUGAUUGGCAUAUGGAACCAUCAAGAAUGACACUUAAUAGAUUCGGCAACACUUCGAGUAGUUCGUUGUGGUAUGAAUUAGCUUAUACUGAAGCUAAAGGAAGGAUUAGAAAAGGUGAUAGAACUUGGCAAAUUGCAUUUGGUUCUGGAUUUAAGUGUAAUAGUGCUGUGUGGAAAGCAUUGAAGACUAUUGAUCCUGCUAAAGAGAAAAAUCCAUGGAUGGAUGAGAUUCAUGAGUUUCCUGUUCAUGUGCCUAAAGUGUCAACUAUUGGUUCCUCAAGUUAGGAGAAGAAAUUUGUUUGAGGGAUUUAAUCAAUUCCACAAUUAAUCUUAGGAAGAGUGUGCAAAAAUAGUUUGGCAGCUUGUUAUGUAGUAUGGUUAAGUUGAAAGAGUUGAUAAUUAUUGUCCAAUUGAACAUUUAUUGCAUGAUACUGUAUUUUUUUCUGUCUUCAUAAAAUGUACUUGUUUUUUGACUAAAUGUACUCCUAAAUUGACCUUUCAAUGAUAUCUUAAAUUGAUUUAA